CUCCGAAGCAUUAAACUCUCCACAAGAAAAUUUUUCCUCCCACUUCUCUCUCCCAUUUACUUUACUUGUGAUACACUUUCUCUAUGGCUUUGUCUAUUAAGCCCCUCUUUGCUUCCUACAAUCCUCCAAAUGCUCCUAAGAGGAUUCCAAAAGCUACCAAUUCAGACCACUUCAGCCAGAAUCCUUUGCCUAGUGCUCGCAAAUUGAACAUUGCCCAUGAUCACACAUUGCCUCUCCCUUUAAAACAUCACAACUACAGAAGCAAACAUGAUGCUGAUAAAAUUCACAGCCAACAUGCACAAAAGUUGAAAGAAGUUAAGGACGUGCUGAACAAAGCCGGAGAAGAUCCAUUGGAAGGUUUAUAUAUGAUUGAUGCGAUUCAACGCCUUGGCAUUGACUACCACUUCCAAGAAGAGAUUGAAACAAUUCUACAGAGGCAAAAUAUGAUAUCUAGUGCUUGUGGUUAUAAUGAAAUCAACAAUCAACCUUACGAAACUGCUCUACGCUUUCGAUUAUUGAGACAAGAUGGUUACUACGUUUCUUCAGCGUUGUUUAACAACUUCAAGGACAAGGAGAGGAAGUUCAAAUCAAGUCUAGUCGGAGAUAUAAAGGGAUUGAUUGGCUUAUAUGAAGCUUCUCAGUUAAGUAUUGAAGGAGAAGAUAUACUGGAUGAAGCUGGAGAGUUUAGUCGCCAAUAUCUUACCGAAUGGGCGACCCAUCUUGAUCAUCAACAAGCCAUUCUUAUCACGGAUACACUGAAGAAUCCUCAUCACAAGAGCCAGGCAAGGUUCACGACUAAAAACAUUCAAACUAACAUUCAAGGGACAAAUGAAUGGAUCAAUGUUGUGCAAGAACUAGCUCAAAUAGAUUCCAACAUGGUUCAUGAAAUACACCAAAAGGAAAUUCAUCAAAUUUUGAAAUGGUGGAAAGACCUAGGCUUGGCCAAUGAGUUGAAAUUUGCUAGAGACCAGCCACUUAAAUGGUACAUGUGGCCCAUGGCAUGCCUCACAGAUCCAAUCUUGUCGGAGCAAAGGGUUGAGCUCACAAAACCCUUGGCACUACUCUACAUAAUAGAUGACAUAUUUGAUGUUCGUGGAACCCUCGAUGAACUUAAACACUUCACAGAAGUUGUCAAUAGAUGGGAACUUGAUGCUGCUGAGCAACUACCAGACUACAUGAAGAUAUGCUUCAAGGCUCUUUAUGACAUUACCAACGAAAUCUGCUACAAGGUCUACAAAAAGCAUGGAUGGAACCCCUUGGAAAGCCUUAAAAAAACGUGGGCGAGAUUGUGCAACGCAUUCUUAAUAGAAGCACAAUGGUUGGCUCAUGGGAUCUUUCCAAAGACGGAAGAGUACCUGAAGAAUGCCCUUAUCAGCACAGGAGUGCAUAUGGUGCUUGUUCAUACUUUCUUUUUCUUGGGUCAAGGCAUAACCAAUGAAACUGUAGAUCUUCUAGAUGAUGUUCCGGGCAUUAUAUCUUCUACUGCGAAAAUUCUUCGUCUUUGGGAUGACUUGGGAAGUGCCAAGGACGAGAAUCAAGAUGGGCGUGAUGGAUCUUAUUUAAAGUGCUACAUGAAAGAACAUUGUGGCUCUUCAAUCAAAGACACAAGAGAACAUAUAAUAUCUAUGAUUUCAGACGAAUGGAAGUGCCUCAACAAGGAAUGCCUCUAUUCUUAUCCAUUCCCUGCAUCUUUUAAGAAUGUUUCUCUCAAUGCUGCAAGGAUGGUUCCUUUGAUGUACAAUUACGAUGACAAUCAUCGCCUUCCAAGUUUAGAGGAGCAUAUGAAGUCGCUGCUAAUUGGUGGUGUUGUUACACAACAAAAUGAACUAACUAUUGUAUCACAGAUGAAGGCUGAAGGAUAAGGAAGCCAGAUCAGAAUCAGAAGUGAGCAAAGAUAUAGGGAAUGAAGAAAGACCAGGCUAAACAACAUGUAUUGUUUAUGUUACUAGUGUUGGUUA